UCUUGAUUUUUGCCACCAUCUUUAUGAAAGUAGAAACAGCUUCUUUUUAUGUCAACAUCCAUCUUUCCACACAGUUCCCAAGGUUUUCAAGAAACUAAAAUAAUCAUGAACUGUUCCAGAUACAGAAAUUCCAUAAAGCCUGCUAAAUUCAAUGCAGCAUGCUGCCCUGGGAGCAGCCAGGAGAAGCUGAAGGUUUGGGAAGCAGAGCCAGCUUCAGGAGCUGCAGAGCCUGGAUCUGAGCCUGGAUCCCCCACAGAGGGAUCUGGCCAGGCUGGGUUGGUGGGAUGGGAUCCACGGGCAGGGGUCAGUGGUGUGAGGGUCAGUGUGACCGAGUGCUGCGUCCUGCCCUGGGGACACAACAACCCCAAGGAUGGCUCCGGGCUUGGGACAGAGUCAGGAAAGCUGGGAAAGGAUCUGGGGGUGCUGGUGACAGUUUCCCUGGGGAUGGGAUCCUCCUGCAGAUCCCACUGUGGAAGCUGAGCGGGGCUGGGAUCGCACUGCAGCCUGUGACUGCAGCCCUGUGACCUCAGCUCCUCAUCUCCAUGGACACAGCUCCAAACACACGGGCUCCAGGAGCAGCAAACCGGGAGCGGUGGGACCAGGGAAAACCCGAGAGCAGCCAAGUUUUUCACAUUGUGACUGGGAUAUGGCAUCCAAAACAAAGAAAAGCAAGGAUGGAGAGGCACCGGAAGAAACGAGUGACACGGGGGACCCUGUGCGGGAGAGGCAGCUGUACCUGCAGGAGGAGUGCAGGAUCCUCGCACUACACCUGGACACGUACCUGGGGAGAGCGGAGCAGCUCCUGCAGGGAAGCAAACACCUGGAAAAGGAAGCCCAGGGCACUCAGGAGCAGAGCCAGUCCUACCUGUCCUGCGGAGCAAAGCUCAGCCAGGACCCCCCGGGUAUGGUCAUCACCCUCAACGACCAGAACUGCCAGGAUCUGGCCCGAAUCCAGGAGCAGAAGGAGGAGCUGAUCCCACGGUAUGCUGGCAAGGAGCAGGAGGUGAGGAGUGCCCUGAAGGACACGGAGGCUGAGGCCUCGCUCCUGGACACGGAGCUGGAGGAGCUGGAGCCGUACAAGGAGCAGAAGGUCCAGGCGGAGCAGAAGGUGAAGGCGCUGGAGAAGGAACUGCGGGUCACCAGGAUACGCUGUGCCGAGGAAACCCACGCCGUCAGGAGCAAGUUCCUGCAGGAAAAGGCUGACUGUGAGCAGCAAUUCCAGCAGAGGAUGCAGGAGCUCACCUGGGGAGCGCAGGAGGUGGCGUUCAAGGCUCUGAUCCAGCACGUGGAACAGGUGAAAGCAGAGAACAGGCUCCUGCGCCAGGAGCUGCUCGGCCUCCUCCAGCACUGCCAGCUCCUCCGAGACGCCAAAAUCCAGCUGCAGGAUCAGCAGGAGCAGCUGCUCCGGGAGAACCAGUGCGCCCAGCGGGCAGCACUGCUCACACCAGCACCGGCCCCACGGUGCCGUGGGGACAACCUGCCGUGCCCACCCGUCAGGAUGGGCCACUGAGCCCACAGCACCGCUCCGGCACCUGCAGGAGCUAAACAUGGAAACAAACAAAUCCUUUCGGCAGUGGAAGCACACAGGCCUUUGAGCUCUGCUCACAAGGAUGCAUAAAAUGUAUUUAUGGACUAGA